UGAAGAUGAUUCAAAGACAACCCUGCCAUCAGAUAUCUCCAUGUGCCAUGAUGUCUCAGAAACGCUCAAGUCUUUCUUUGUGCUGUAGGAUGACAACGGAACGAAAGAAAGGGAGAAUUUGGUGGAGUGCGACCAAUGGGCUUGCCUGAUGUAUUUUUAAUGUGCAUGAAUGAUUGAUCACUGUAUGUAGACACAUGCUCCCCCGAGGGGCGGCUGCAGUCCGUCUGGUGCUGUCGGUGCAGACAUGAGUGCAGCCAGACCUUCUGCACUGAGCGUGAACACUGUGGAGUUAAAGCAUCAGUGGGCAAUGCAGAGAAACCGCACUCUGGUCCGGACGUACCUGCUCUCCAGCUCCGCGAUCCCUCUUCCUGGCUCAUGGAGCAGAGAUGAUUUCAGGCUUCCAUCAUUGUCCAGAUCAACACAUGGUCGGAACACCAUGGUGCCUCUCAGUAUCAGUGAGCCUUCCCUGUUCACCCCAAGCCAGAGGGCUGUUUUCGAGGGGCUUUCAAAAAACCACCUUUUACGCAAACGUGGUGGCCCAUCUCUUCCCUCCUGCAAGACCCCUGAGAACACAAAGACACCUCAGCAGAGUCAUCAAGUGUACAUGCAUUUCUCUCAGCCUCUCAGGCCUGUACUAAAGCCUGGACAAACCCUUCCUCGCAGUCAGCGGCGGCCCACGGAGAGCAGAGAGAGGCAGUGCAAGCAGCCCGUAAACCUCGAGGCGUUAUCUGUCAGGGGAAAGACUUUCCUCCCCACCCGCCAUUCCCUCGACGGCGCUUCAUCUGCCACGUCUCGGUCUCACACACACCAGCUGCAUGUGUUCCUCCCUGCAGAGGGCGCUGGGCCGGGGGAAGACCGGGACAGUGAGUCGGUUGAUGAGGGUUUCAUGGAUGAGCUGGAUAGCAAAGUUAACACACUGAGGGCGAGGCUUCAACAAUAUCCAAAGAAACCCAAGCAGUGUGAUUUAGAAAAAUCACUGACUGGUGAAAUGGUACAAUUAACAUCUUAGUGU